AUUUCCGAUUUCUGCUCUCUGCGCUGAGCACAGCGGCACCAGGCUGAGCUAAGCAGGGCCGCCUUGGGCAGGCCUACCUGGUGGUGCAGGCGAGACCCAGGCUGGGCAAGGCGCAGGUGUAGCCUGUGUUACUCCCACCCCCCCCCCCCCCCCACCUUUUGGCCACAGCAGGCUUCUGAUGGGUUUUGAGGGUGUCCUCCCCCACCUCCCUCAAGUGGGGUGGAGUCCUGGGCAAAGGGAGGUCUCUGUACCGACUGGUCUGGCCAGGAGUUGGGAUGAGUGGAGGGCCCAGUGGGUCUGAGUCCCCUGCCAUUCCCAGAAUGGAGCUGUGGCCCUACCAAUGGGAGGUGAUCAUGCCUGCCAGGGCACUGGCGCAGCAGCAGUACUUUCCCGGAGUUUGUACUCACGGCAGUUGGCGAUGACUGUUAGCACAAACGGUUCUUUUCUCUUGGUUCUUUUUUCUGCGGUGGGGGGGGAUGGGAGAUUCUUAAGUCGGCUCAGCUGGCUCCUUCCCUCAGUUUCAGUUUCCAUUUUGGGUCUCUGAGCUGAGCAGAGUGGCACCAGGCUGAGUUAAGUGGGACUGCCCUGGGCAGACCUACCUACUAGAGCAGGUGAGACCUGGGCUGGGCAGGGGGCAGGUGUAGCCUGUGUUACUCCCGCCUCCCCCUUUUGGGCAGAGCAGGGUCCUGAUGGGUUCUGAGGGAGUCCUGCCCCACCUCCCUCAAGUGGGGUGGAGUCCUGGGCAAAGGGAGGUCUCUGUACCGACUGGUCUGGCCAGGAGUUGGGAGGGGUGGAGGAGUCGGUGGGUCUGAGUGCCCUGCCAUUCCCAGAAUGGAGCUUCGGCCCUACCAAUGGGAGGUGAUCAUGCCUGCCCUGGAGGGCAAGAAUAUCAUCAUCUGGCUGCCCACGGGUGCCGGGAAGACCCGGGCGGCUGCUUAUGUGGCCAAGCGGCACCUAGAGACUGUGGAUGGAGCCAAGGUGGUUGUAUUGGUCAACAGGGUGCACCUGGUGACCCAGCAUGGUGAAGAGUUCAGGCGCGUGCUGGAUGGACGCUGGACCAUGACAACCCUGAGUGGGGACAUGGGACCACGUGCUGGCUUUGGCCACCUGGCCCGGUGCCAUGACCUGCUCAUCUGCACAGCAGAGCUUCUGCAGAUGGCACUGACCAGCCCCGAGGAGGAGGAGCACGUGGAGCUCACUGCCUUCUCCCUGAUCGUGGUGGAUGAGUGCCACCACACGCACAAGGACACCGUCUACAACGUCAUCAUGAGCCAGUACCUAGAACUUAAACUCCAGAGGGCACAGCCGCUACCCCAGGUGCUGGGUCUCACAGCCUCCCCAGGCACUGGCGGGGCCUCCAAACUCGAUGGGGCCAUCAACCACGUCCUGCAGCUCUGUGCCAACUUGGACACGUGGUGCAUCAUGUCACCCCAGAACUACUGCCCCCAGCUGCAGGAGCACAGCCAACAGCCUUGCAAACAGUACAACCUCUGCCACAGGCGCAGCCAGGAUCCGUUUGGGGACUUGCUGAAGAAGCUCAUGGACCAAAUCCAUGACCACCUGGAGAUGCCUGAGUUGAGCCGGAACUUUGGGACGCAAAUGUAUGAGCAGCAGGUGGUGAAGCUGAGUGAGGCUGCGGCUUUGGCUGGGCUUCAGGAGCAACGGGUGUAUGCGCUUCACCUGAGGCGCUACAAUGACGCGCUGCUCAUCCAUGACACCGUCCGCGCCGUGGAUGCCUUGGCUGCGCUGCAGGAUUUCUAUCACAGGGAGCACGUCACUAAAACCCAGAUCCUGUGUGCCGAGCGCCGGCUGCUGGCCCUGUUCGAUGACCGCAAGAAUGUGCUGGCCCACUUGGCAACUCAUGGCCCAGAGAAUCCAAAACUGGAGAUGCUGGAAAAGAUCCUGCAAAGGCAAUUCAGUAGCUCUAACAGCCCUCGGGGUAUCAUCUUCACCCGCACCCGCCAGAGCGCACACUCCCUCCUGCUCUGGCUACAGCAGCAGCAGGGCCUGCAGACUGUGGACAUCCGGGCCCAGCUACUGAUUGGGGCUGGGAACAGCAGCCAGAGCACCCACAUGACCCAGAGGGACCAGCAAGAAGUGAUCCAGAAGUUCCAAGAUGGAACCCUGAACCUUCUGGUGGCCACGAGUGUGGCAGAGGAGGGGCUGGACAUCCCACAUUGCAAUGUGGUGGUGCGUUAUGGGCUCUUGACCAAUGAAAUCUCCAUGGUCCAGGCCAGGGGCCGUGCCCGGGCCGAUCAGAGUGUAUACGCGUUUGUAGCAACUGAAGGUAGCCGGGAGCUGAAGCGGGAGCUGAUCAACGAGGCACUGGAGACGCUGAUGGAGCAGGCAGUGGCUGCUGUGCAGAAAAUGGACCAGGCCGAGUACCAGGCCAAGAUCCGGGAUCUGCAGCAGGCAGCCUUGACCAAGCGGGCGGCCCAGGCAGCCCAGCGGGAGAACCAGCGGCAGCAGUUCCCAGUGGAGCACGUGCAGCUACUCUGCAUCAACUGCAUGGUGGCUGUGGGCCAUGGCAGCGACCUGCGGAAGGUGGAGGGCACCCACCGUGUCAAUGUGAACCCCAGCUUCUCGAACUACUAUAAUGUCUCCAGGGAUCCUGUGGUCAUCAACAAAGUCUUCAAGGACUGGAAGCCUGGGAGUGUCAUCAGCUGCAGGAACUGUGGGGAGGUCUGGGGUCUGCAGAUUAUCUACAAGUCAGUGAAGCUGCCAGUGCUCAAAGUCCGCAGCAUGCUGCUGGAGACCCCUCAGGGGCGGAUCCAGGCCAAAAAGUGGUCCCGCGUGCCCUUCUCCGUGCCUGACUUUGACUUCCUGCAGCAUUGUGCCCAGAAUUUGUCGGACCUCUCCCUGGACUGACCACCUCAUUGCUGCAGUGCCCGGUUUGGGCUGUAGGGGGCGGGAGAGUCUGCAGCAGACUCCAGGUCCCUCCUUCCUGAAUCAUCAGCUGUGGGCAUCAGGCCCACCAGCCACACAGGAGUCCUGGGCACCCUGGCUUAGGCUCCCGCAAUGGGAAAACAACCGGAGGGCCAGAGCUCAGCCCAGACCUACCUUGUACGCACAUAGACAUUUUCAUAUGCACUGGAUGGAGUUAGGGAAACUGAGGCAAAAGAAUUUGCCAUACUGUACUCAGAAUCACGACAUUCCUUCCCUACCAAGGCCACUUCUAUUUUUUGAGGCUCCUCAUAAAAAUAAAUGAAAAAAUGAGAUAGAAAA